UCCAUUAUUUUCUUUUUCUACGAUUAGUUGAAGCAGCAACCGGAGGCAUGGAUGGACACUGCAUUGAUGAUCUAGCUAAAGAUACGCUUGAUGUCGCUAAACGUAAAGUAAAUCUAUUUAAACUUAAUAGGACAGCGAAAGAAAAAGGACUACAGUACAUUAGGAAAGACGGCACUGUUGUUCCGACACGUAGUGUAAAACCACCAUGCAAGUGCAACAUGGAAUGUUUUUCGAAAUACACUGAAGCUGUACGCAAAGAAAUAUUGACCAAUUUUCUACGAUUGAAAAGCUCGGGACAAAAUCAGUUCCUUGCAACUCAUAUGUUUGUGAAACAAACAGCACGGAUAAGAGUGGUAAACUCCCGCAGGACUUAUAGUCGUGUUUACAAACUGCCUUCUCACAACGGCACCACAACAGUCUGUAAAGUUAUGUUCAUGGACACGUUCGACAUAAAGGAUAGAAAACUUCGCUGCUUAGCUGAUAAAAUAAUUCAGGGUAAUGGAGUCGCUCGAGAUGAUGGCCGCGCGAACAACACUAGCCCGAAAGAAGUUAAGCGAGGACAUCAUUAAAUACAUAAAAGACCACAUCAAAGCUUUCCCAGCCUAUACUAGUCAUUAUGCACGGGAGGAUUCGUCUCGUUUAUACUUGGCAAGCGACUUGAACAUAAAAAAGAUGUACGAAUUAUACCAAUCAAAAUGCGCAGAGGAUGCUCUCAUUCCGGUCAACUACACAACUUAUCGAUUGAUAUUCAAAUCAUUAAAUAUGUCAUUUCGCAAGCCGAAGGUUGAUACGUGUGGGCGUUGCGAUGAACUACGGAUGCGUCUUAAAAUAACUACUGAUUUAGAUGAGAAAGAAGAAAUUGAGCGACAUAGAAACCAACAUCAUGACUCGGCAAAACGUGUAUACGACGAGAAGAAAAGGAUAUGGAACAUGCCCGAACGGAUCCUACAGUACGAACUACGAGUUUUGAUCUUCAGAAGCAGCUUGCAACACCGUUCCUCUCAUGCGGGAUAUCGUACUACUCGCGCCAAUUAUACACGUAUAACUUGACGUUAUU